AUGACUCGAGGCAACCAGAGAGAAAAGGCUCGUGAGAAGAACAUCAAGGAGCAGUCUUCACAGAAAAAGAAGAAUACGCAGUCCGGGACCGAGUUCCAGCGGACAAAGGAAGCACAAGCGGCUAUCAUGCGAGAGAAACAAGCAAAAGCGGAAGCCAAAAAGACCGAACCGGGCAUAAAGCCAUUCUGGCCUCUCCUCUUCACAUUCAUCCUCCCCCGUGCGAUCGAGUACUCCCGGGCGCUGAAGAGAGCCUACCGCACCAGACCGCCGCCUCGCCCCUUGUCGAAGCGGACCAGCCGCGGGCUGAACGCGCUCUUCGCAUCCAUCUGCGUCUUUCUGUACGCGUCGUGGCCCUUCAGGGGCGACGUCGUUUCUGAGCACAAUAUCUUCGUGGUCACGCAGUCGCGGCUGACGGUUCCUACGGACGUGCUUUUUGAGAGGCUGGCGCGGUUGCGCGAGCAUGAGGUCCUAUCUGUCGCCGACGAGGCUUUGAGGGCAAAAUUGACUUCCCCAGCUCUCCGCCAACUGUACCUCCGCUUCGGGCCCGUGACGCUCCGAGACUGCCCAUUCUGCCAGCCGGACGACCCGCUCUCGUACCUUUUGUACCACCUCCCGACGAACGUGCUGCUCCCGCACCUCUUGCACAUCCUCGCUCUGGGCCUCGCGACCUCGGAGACUGUGGCGGGGUACGAGGCAUCGACGUGGCGCCGCACGGCCGUCCUAGCCGCCCUCGUCCUCGCCGCCGCCGAUCUAUUCCUGACGGCGACGUACGCUCCGCCCGUGGCAUCCAACAUAACCGCGCCGGCGGGCACGUUCUGGAUCGCAUCCACGGCGCGAUACCUGUCGCUGUGCGCAUUCGACGCUUUGGCCGCGUUUGCCAUCUACGCCUCCGCAACGGGGCGCUUCUUCUACCUUUUCCCCACAGCAACAGCCUCGAUGUCCAAUGCGGACCCGGACCUCGCGCGCCGCCGCACCGACGAGCUGCUCACCCAGACGAACCUGUCCCUUCAGAUGGCCGCAACGAACCUGCGGGCGUACUCGAUCGCGCGCAAUGCCGUGGUGCGCAACCCGGCGCUGAAAGACCGCGACGACGCGUACUGGCGCACCGUGGUCGCCGUAGAGAGCAGCGGCGGCGGCUCGUCUGAGCCAGGAAGUGGCGGCGACGACGAGAGCCUGUACGAGGAUGAAGAGGUCCAGGCUGCCGUGGCGAGGGCCUAUGGGUCCGGAGCGAUCAACAUCGCGACUUUGAGAAGGGAGGCCGAAGGGUUUGUCAGGCAUGCGACCAGGGGAUUGGACGCUCCCGCUCCGAACAGAUAG